UGGUUGUUUGUUGUCAAUCAAAAAAUCAGUCAAAAUUAUCAAAAUCUUGCUAAAAAGAUUGUAUUUGGUACGCUUGCUUGUUUUCACAUAAUCACUAAAUUACAGACAUUCGUAUAUCAGUAUGAAUUGUUGCGAGAAUUUAUCCAUGCCCAACUGUGUUUGGUUUGAGGGCGGUGAAAAACGUAAUAUUAUUGCAUCUAUCGUAGCUGGACUCUUGUUUUUUGCUGGUUGGUGGUUCAUCAUAGAUGCAGCCUCUGUUUACAAGGCAGAUCUCCCAAAUGCAGUACACGUGUGCGGAGUGAUGGCUACUUUAUCACUGAUUAUGGUUAAUUCAGUGUCAAAUGCUCAGGUGAGAGGUGAGACAUACACAGGAGGGUGUAUGGGUCCCCGAGGAGCUCGACUAUGGCUCUUCCUUGGUUUUGUUGUCGGCUUUGCUUCUCUCAUUGCAUCCUGCUGGAUACUGUUUGCGGAUUAUGUUAACGCUAAGAGUACUAAAAACACCUGGGCCGGAGUGAGUCUAUUCUUACAGAACGCAUUCAUCUUCGCUGGAUCUCUGGUUUAUAAAUUUGGACGCACAGAAGAUCUGUGGAAUUAAAUUUUAUUUAUGUUAAAUGUGUAUUUAUGUAAGUUGUAUUUUUUCUAUUCUGAUUAAAGUUACGCGAAGCUAAUUACCCUA